AUGAUUACUAUGGCCGCCGCCGCCGCCGCCGCCCACGUCAUGGCAGGCUCCGUCGCCUGCACGGAAUGCCGGAGGUCUCACCUCAAAUGCAAUCUGCAGAGACCAAUCUGCUCCCGAUGCGCCACGAACCGGCUGUCGUGCACCUACCUGCCCUCGCGGCGCGGCGGCCGGCGCGUGCCGCGCGACCACGGUCCGCCGGUGACGGACCAGCCGCCGCGGACCGCCACAACACCCGCGUCACCGGCCUGGCCGACUCCGCGAGCGGCUCCCAACACCAGCCGAACCCAAGGGCGCGAUGCCGCCGCGCACCACACCGGACGGCGGUCCCCGGCCGCGAGCCUCAGCCUGAGCAACUUUGGGAGCGGCUACUCACCGGGGAGACCCGGCGAAGGCGGCGCGCCGCAACCCCUGGUGCCCGAAGCCCGCCUCGUCCAUCUCUACUAUGCCGGCUUCCACCAGGCGCAUCCCAUCCUGGUCCCGGCCGCCUUUUACAGCCGCCAGGAGUACCCCGACUACCUGCACCAGGUGGUCCGGUUCAUCGGGAGCCACUACUCCAAAGUCCUCUCCGGCGACGACUUCCUGGAGCAGACUACGACGCUGCUCCUGGGCAGCGACGACCCCUCGUCGCCCGCCAUGGUCCAGGCCCUGCUCCUCUUCUCCGUCAUCAUGUCGGCGCGCAACGACAGGCGCGAGGCCCUCUCGGCCAUGUCCCGCGCCGUCACCCUCGCGCUGGAGCUGGGCAUGUACCGCGCCGACUUUGCCGAGCGCUACGCCGACGGGUGCGCCGUGCGGGUCGAGAGCCUCCGGCGCACGUGGUGGGAGCUCUUCAUCUGGGAGAUUCACCUGGCUCUUCCCGAGUCCAGAUUGACCCUGCGCUGCAGCGACGUUGUCAGCGAAGCGUACUUGCCUUGCGAAGAGGCCGCAUAUACCGCGGCUGCUUCGUCUACUGCGCCCCGCCGCAUGCCGCCGCCGCAGACAUUCUCGGCCUUUCGAGCGAGACUGUUCAGCCAAGACGGCGACUCGGAUGACGGCAGCGACUCGGAACAGCCACGGGCGCAUGUCCCUUCCCAGUUCUCCUCAUACAGCUACCGCAUCGAGGCUUUCCAUAUACUGGCACGCGUCAUGGUGCUCAACACGCUGCACGAGACGCACCCGGACCACUUGCAGAGCGUCGUGAACAGGAUCGUCAGCUGGGGCCACCUCCUGCCCGCCUGCAAGGUGGAUGUUGUCGACAUGUACGGCCACAUUGACGAGAUGCUCUUCCAGGCACAAUUCACGCUGCACUACGCCUCCGGGCUGCUCCACGUGCCCCGGAGCAACCUGCGACCCAAGUUCCCCAGCUUCCCCAGCACGAUAUGCCCCGAGACGCCUGUCCGGCUGUCGCCGUCCCUGACAAGGCACAUCCACGACGUCAAGGCCAUUGAGGCGGCAAAGGAGCUGUCCAACCUGCUCUCCGUGCACUCCAAGCCGCAGGGGUACAGCCCGUCGAUGAUCCCGGGAGCCGUGCUGAGCGGGCUGGUGCAGCUGGCCGCGGCCGACGCGCAUGCCUCGGAGUGCUUCGAGCACCACCAGAACAGGGCCAUCCUCGUCCUCGCCACGCUGACCAUUCUCAAGAAGCAGUGGGCGACGGCACGCGAGGCAUACUGCUACGUCAAAGCCGCCGGCGCCGCGCGACUGACGCCCGCUGCAUGCGCCCCUGCUGCUCCCGCCAGCGAGGCCGGCGCCGCCGCAAUGCUGCAGCCGGCCGAGGCGUACGGCCAUUCGGAGACGCGUCUGUAUCAUGAUGCGACCGCGAAUGCCGAGUACGCCGACGCCAGCGCCAUGGAUACGGCCAUGAGUGUAAGCAACCUCGAUCCCAUGGACAGGAUCUUCAUGGCCGGACUCCUUUCGCCUCACAUUGAUCAAACAUGCGGCGAGCCCUUGGCGCUGAAUCAAUUUACCGACUUUGAUUAG